ACAGGUGAUAGUUUCGUUCCUAUACAGAGAGCAGUCUACUGUGGACAGUCCACAGACACAAGAUGGCCAACCGAGUGAUCAGCACUGCCUUGGUGCUCUUGGCCCUGACACUCAAAGGAACCCGCGCCCAGCUGGACGUAUGUGGGAUGGCCCCCCUCAACAACAGGAUCGUGGGGGGAGAGGACGCCGCGGCCGGGACAUGGCCGUGGCAGGUCAGCCUUCACCGCAGGGGGAGGCAUUUCUGUGGAGGGUCGCUGAUCAACAGGGAGUGGGUCCUCACCGCGGCCCACUGCUUCCAGGGGGCUGGAGACCUCACUAGAGGCCUGGUGGUGUACCUGGGCCGGGACACCCAGCAGAGCCUCAACCCCAACGAGGAGGUCCGCGCCGUGGCUCGCAUCGUCAACCACCCCGACUACGACGACACUCCCAACAACAACGACGUGUGCCUGCUGCAGCUGUCCGCCGCCGUGACCUUCACCGACUACAUCCGGCCCGUCUGCCUGGCCGCGGCGGCCUCCAGCUUCCCCGCGGGGACGGGGACCUGGGUGACGGGCUGGGGGACCAUCGGCUCAGAUGAGCCUCUGCCGGCGCCACAGAGGCUUCAGGAGGUGACGGUUCCAGUGGUCUCCAACCGGGACUGCAGAACCACCUACAGCAUUCUCACAGGCAACAUGAUCUGCGCCGGCCUCACCGACGGAGGGAAGGACUCCUGUCAGGGGGACUCUGGUGGCCCCAUGGUUUACAAGAACGGCUCCCGCUGGGUGGAGGCCGGGGUGGUGAGCUUCGGCAUAGGCUGCGCGUUGGCCGACACGCCGGGGGUGUACGCCCGUGUGUCCGAGUACCAGAACUGGAUCAGCAGGCAGAUCUCCACCAGCCCGCCCGGCUUCAUCAUGGCCACGGGGAACGGGAACUCCACCGCUGCGUCCGACAGCCCGCCCGGCUUCAUCAUGGCCACGGGGAACGGGAACUCCACCGCUGCGUCCAUUGGGGUGUCCAGCGUCGUCUCCAGCUCCGUCCCGCUCCUCUUCCUCCUCCUGCCUGUGCUGUUCUCUCUCUUCCUCUUCUCGUAGACACAGACUCUACACACGAACUCCGUCUUAAGUUUGAAGACUCUUACUUCAAACUGAGACACGUUGAUUAAUUUGGUGUAAACCCGCGUGAAUCAGUUUGUUUUCUCAGGACGGACAAAGGGUGGUGGGCGAACGCUGUGAAGAUCCAACACUAUUGAUGCUUUAGACAAGAUCUGUGUGGCUGUGGUUUAUGGAAGGACAUUCAAAGUAUAAUUUAGACUUUAAAAACUCCGGCUGAGUGAAUGAAUGAAUAAUGUGCUUGAUAUUUUCCUUGAUAAAAAUGAAAUUUGUAUUUAUUUUUUAAUUAUAUUUGCAACAGAUUAUUAUUAUACUUGCAAAAAAUAAAUAAAGUGAAGGAACAAGUUAUGGUGUUUAAAGUUGGUGAAAAUAUCAUAAAUUCUACCCAAAAUGCUGUCUAUGUAUAGAUCACUGAUUCAUUCUAAGUCUGUCCACUCUUUUCCUUUAUAUUUAAUAUGGAUGAAAUACACAAAAUAUUGAAAUAUCACAAAAUAAGAAAGCCAAAAUCUUAUCAAAUAUCAAAGUUGUAUAUGUUUCAAAGGAAAUCAUCUUUCCACAAAAAUGUUAACCGAUUUUACAAUUUUUGCACGUAUGCUUGAUUUAUGACCUAAUUCCACUUUAUAUGCCAGGUUGAACUUUGAAAAUGUGUCAAAAGGUUAUUU